AAAAAAUUUUAUAAAAGCUUGUCAUGAUUAUUAUAAUAACAGCCGUGCUGGAAAUACGUUGGAACCCAUUAACCCGGUCUCCAACAGGUCACUAAAAUCUGGGCGUAUUAAUAAGAUGGCCGUAUUAAAGGGGUUCCAUAGACAAGAAAAUGGCUGGCUGAGCUUUUCUCUGGGUCAGAAUAUAGUGGCUGUAAUAACGAGGUAGCUGUAUUAAUGGGUGGCUGUGAGGCAGGGUUCCACUGUAACAGUUGUUCAUUGAACAUUGUCUGACUGAAUUUGUCAAAUUGUGUGGCACUGAGUAAUUUUACUGUAUGAUCAGUCAUCAUGACUGAAUGCCAAAAUGACUCAGCUUUUAGUCAUGAGGAUCUUGUUUGCAGAUCAUGUUUCCUUUCUUUGAAACAUGUUGAAAAUCACAACCUGUACUGAUCCGUGCUUUGUUACAAGGAUGGGUGUCUCACUAGUACAGUCAUGCAGUUUACAUGUCAAUUUUCCAGGAUAUUUCACAAAUUUCCAUAACUUGUUUUGGGUUUUCUUCCCACAGGCGGCUUACUUGCUGGAAGUCUAGCCAUCAUGACUGAUGCAGCUCACAUGUUAUCAGACUUUGCCUCAUUUCUUAUCAGUCUUUUCGCCAUCUGGGUUGCUCGCUGGCUGCCAGAUAAGAGAAGGACAUUUGGUUACUACAGAGCAGAGGUGCUUGGCGCUCUUGUCUCAGUGCUUAUCAUCUGGGUGUUGACCGGAGUGCUGGUGUACCUUGCUGUACAGAGAGUCAUGACAAGAGAUUUUAAUAUAGAUGCCGAUAUCAUGCUUAUCACAGCAGGGGUGGGGCUAGGGGUCAACAUAUUGUUAGGGAUUAUUCUCCAUCAAACAGGCAUGGGACAUAACCAUAGCCAUGGAGGAGGCAGUCACAGCCAUGGGGCAAGUCACAGUAGCCAUAAUGGCAAGGUGGAAUCUGUUUCUACAAAUCGGUUAACAAGAAGUGGAAGUUUAUCAACUGAAAAACAGAACAUCAACGUCAGAGCAGCAUUUAUUCAUGUUUUAGGAGACAUCGUUCAGAGUGUUGGUGUCCUCAUUGCAGCAUAUAUUAUUAAAUUUAAGCCUUCGUGGAAGCUAGCUGAUCCUAUAUGCACAUUCCUGUUUUCUCUGUUGGUUCUCAUAACAACGCUUAACAUCUUGAAAGAGACCAUUCAUGUUCUUAUGGAAGGUACACCUAAAGACAUUAAAUACAAUAAUGUGAAGGUGUCAUUGGAGAGCAUUGAAGGUGUGGUGGCUGCCCACAGUUUACACAUCUGGUCGUUGACGGUAAACAAGGCCGCCUUGUCUGUUCACCUGGCAAUAGAACAAGGAUAUGACUCACAGAAAGUUCUCAACAUAGCCAACCAGAAAUUGAAGACCGAGUUCCAUAUUUACCACAGCACUAUACAAGUCGAACUUUACCAGGAAACAGUUAUGACCAACUGUUCUGAAUGCCAAGACUUACAAGACUGAUCCUGUCUGCUGUAUACAAAGAACCAAGUCCCACGCCCCUCCCGUUAACAAAUCUUCACGUUUUCUACUACCUCUGGUGAAGUUUUAGACCAUAAACAGGCCUUCUAUUCUUUUUCUUUUGCACUGAAAUUGUUGAGGUGUUAUUUUCAUUUAUAGUCACUAUCUUGAACAAUUUUGGAGCAAGAUAUUUGGAAGGAGCAUUUGCUAAUCCUUUAACAUGAAAGCCUUGGGCCUUACAGUACAACUACUCAAUCAAAUUAUUGCUGUCUCACAAAAUUCUGUGCAAAUUGGAUAGUAAAAACCUCAGGUGUUUUAACAUUUAAACAACCAGUCUCUAACGAUUUGUUGUUCUAGGCAAAGCUGCUCAUGACACGGUGAUACAGUAAAUUUGUAAAAAUUUUUAUUGUACUAAUGUUUUUGAUCAUGCUACUGACCGGACAAUUUGUCAAUAUUGUUUUCGGUUGGCCUUGGUUCAAUUAGUCACCCUGUAAAAAUUUUGAUCCCAACAUCAAACUUCCCCAAGAUCAGUUGAUUGACUAGGACCUUAAAUUCAAAUUGCUAAACCUAAAACUAAAAAUUUAUGAUUUAUUGUAAAUAGAAGUUGACUUUGAUUCAUAGUUGUUUGGAUAAUAAACUGAGGUGGCAAUUGACGUUAUUCCCAAGCAAUUACAAAUCUACAAGAAGAAGGGAAAAACCUUGCAUAUUUUUUACAUGUUCUUAAUAGUAAAAUUAAUCAUGACUUGCUUCUAGCUAGUGCACAAGCUGACUGCGGAAUAGUCUCAUACCUUCAUUAUUUUUAUGUUUCAGUCAUAAACAAUUAUUUGUUUUUUUCCUUUAAAUCUUGUAUUAUCCGGGAUAUGGAUCUUGACAUCAGAAUUAUAUCCUCUUACUUGAAGGCUUGAACCACUCUCUUGUAAAUGAAUCUGCAGCAGAAGGGAGUUGAGGGUGGUUGCAUUCAAACUAUUGUAAAUGUAUGUGUUAUGCUGCUCUUAAACAAACUUGCCACUUUGUGAGAUUUUUUUAUACUAUUGUAUUUGCGUCAUCUGUUGACCAGUAAUGCAUUACAUUCAAAGAUUAUAAUAACAAACCAUCUCAUGCUUGCACAAUGCAGCUUUAUAUUGCUUUGCACACAAUGCAUGCCUGUAUGGUCCUCCGUAAUACACAUGUAAAUUUCAAAUAACGACCAUUACCUGGCCAUGAAUUCAGCAAUAAGCCAGUACACCUUGUUUUUUUUAUGAAAAUUAGUAAAUAUUGGUUACAUCAUUCACAAGGACACUGCUUAAUGUGGUUUGUGCAACUUAGGUAAUGUUAUUUACAUAUGAAAUAAUCAAUAUACAAAAUAGUGAUUUAAUUUUUAAUUGCAGUCAACUUAAAUAUAAUCGAUACCCAAAAGUAUUGUCACUUACAUAUGAAGUAAUUACUCUGUUUAAUUGGUGAUUUAAUUUUGAAUUGCAGUCCAAUCCAAAUAUAACAAAUACUGAUCGAAAAAAAUUAAUCUCUAGGAUCCUGCAAGCCAGUAAUAAUUUAAGUCAUUGCAGGUCUGAAAUGGGUUGUCAUCAGGUGUAAUACACUGUACAUAAGGAAUGAUUUUUUUUUACAUAGAGUAUAGUUAUUAAAGGUUACGCUUAUUAUUAAGUCUAAUAUACAGAUUUGCAUAUGAACUAUAAUUUAUGAAAAUAAAGAGAGGUUGAUUUUUUUUA